AUAUAUAUAUAUAGGAAAAUUGCUCGCAUUCAAGAAAAAUAAAACAAAAAACUAUGGAGGAAGAGCAGACAAUCCCAGUUGAAAUCGACCCGGAUUUUGAGCCUCAGAGUCGCCCUAGAUCAUGCACCUGGCCUCUGCCUCGGCCAGACAUAUCCACUGUCAAACAGGAGGGGGGCGAUGGGGCGGAGUCGGCCGCAGGGACCCCUCCCACUGAGGAAGAGAAGCAGGAGCCUCUGCCAAUCAUUUCGGAGCCUGAAACAGUAGCAGUGCCUGAGGGCGGAGUUCAAGCGGGGGUGGGCGGAGCUACCCCGAGGAAAGGCUCCUCCCGCCGGAAUGCCUGGGGGAAUCAGUCCUAUGCAGAACUAAUUAGUCAAGCCAUCGAAAACUCCCCUGAAAAAAGACUGACCCUUGCCCAGAUAUAUGACUGGAUGGUCAAAACAGUGCCUUACUUCAAGGACAAAGGGGACAGCAACAGCUCCGCAGGAUGGAAGAACUCCAUCCGCCACAACCUGUCUCUGCACAACAAGUUCCUGCGCAUGCACAAUGAGUCGACCGGCAAGAGCUCCUGGUGGAUGCUGAACCCGGAGGGGGGGAAGACCGGCAAAUCCCCCAGGCGUCGCGCAGCCUCCAUGGACAACAGCAGCAAGCUCCUGAAGAGCCGAAUCCGUGCAGACAAGACUAAGAAGGCAGCCGCCGCUGCCGCAGCAGAGGGGCCUGGCGGGGGCGCGGACAGUCCCGGCGGAGGCUCCCAGCAUCAGUUCCCCAAGUGGGGCGUCAGCAGCAACAGUCCCUCGUCCCGCGGCAGUCUGGACGACCCCGAUAUCUGGACCAGCUUCCGGCCUCGCACCAGCUCCAACGCCAGCACCCUGAGCGGCCGGCUGUCCCCUAUCGCCCCCGGGCACGAGGACGACGAAGGCCUGGCCGAGGACGACCUCCACUCCACCCUGGCUACCUACUCGGCUACUAUCGUGCCUCCCACCCUCACUGAGACCCUGCUGGAGGAGCUGGAGCUCAUCGACGGCCUCAAUCUCAUAUCCUCUCAGCAGCAGCAGCACAGCAACAACAGCCCCUCCGCCAGCUCUGCCGGCACCACUGCCCUCCCCUCGGCCACCACCCUGCUCCCGAGGAGCGCCAGCUUCUCCUCCUAUCGGCAGCUCCAGCAGGACAAACAGGAGCAAGCUGCAGUAGCAGCGGCAGCAGCAGUGUCGGUGGCACAGGUGAUGCAGCAGAACAAAAAUGCAGGCAGCGCCACCGCCGCCAACUUUGGCAACUCUCUGUUCAAGCCCUCGCCCAGCCCUGCCGGCGCCAGCAGGGUGGGCGGGCGCUUCGGAGGCGGUGUGGGCAGGACUGAGCGCCUUCCCUCCAGCCUAGAGGUCCUCCUGACCUCCGACUCCCCGCCCCCCAGCGAUGUCAUGAUGACCCAGGUUGACCCCUUGAUGCCGAGCCAAAGUGCUGCCAACCUGCUGAUCCUGGAUGGCCAGCUGAGCCGAAAAGGGGCAGGGCAGCUGCAGCAGCUUUUAGGGAAGAGCCAGGAGCAGGGCUCCCUACUGACUAUGUCACUCCAGCAGCAGCAGCAACAAUUCCGAGCCCAGCUCGGGAAUUCUGUCCAGCAGCUAGGAUUGGGAAUGCUGGUCCCGGGAAUGGGCCAGGACUCUGCCCACCUGGCGGCUCUGAAGGCCCAGCUGGCCCAGGGUCCCGGCAGCUCCUCGGCGGGGUCGCUCCUGGGCGGGAUGCCCUCCUCGUCUGCUGGGGGGCUCCCUGGAAUGGGCCCCUUCGGAAGCUCCGGGUGCUUCCUCACAGGACAGGACAAGCUGCCCACCGACCUGGACAUUGACAUGUUCACGGAGAACCUGGACUGCGACGUGGAUUACAUCAUCAACAGCGACCUCAUGGACGGAGAGGGCAUGGACUUCAACUUCGACCCCAUCCUGAACACCAAUCCAAGCUACCCCAGCCCUGCCACCAGCCAGGCCUCCUCCCACAGCUGGGUUCCCAGUUAGUCCCUCAGCGCCCCUUGCAGGACUCUCAAGAGCAGGUCCCCAUGCAGGUCCUUCAUGCCGCUGUGCGGACUGGAAGCUGAGCUAACAGCCAUCGCAGCAGCUUCGGAAGGGUUACGAAGACACUUGGCCAUACAAAUCACUGCGCAAAUAUUUACAUAUGUAUAGUCCGGACCUCAUUUUUGUGCCAUGUGCCAACCAAAAAACGAAUUUCAACUUUCCUGAACACAUUUUCCUGAGAGAGUGACAGAGAGAGAGAGGUACUGUGCAGCCUGACACUCUGUGCUGCAGAGUGAACACUGUGUUUGUGUAUUCCCUCCUGCAUGUAUAUGGGGUGGAUGCCAGCAGCCUGCUGUUUUGACAGGUGGCUUGGUACAUGAUGGUUACAGUUGGCAUUGCCGGCAUGCUGAGGCACUAGCCUGCUGCUACUUAAAUGAGUUUGCUGGUCUGUGCAAACAAGGCAGCGGCCCAGCUUGUGUUUAAUCAGUGCAGAUUGGGAGGAGGGGUCAUUCAGCGGGGAGUGCUUUUGUUUGUGCUCUUUCAGUCGUGUGUUUGUUUUAUUCCGUAUAUUAUUUUCAUUGUUUAAAAUAGGUGGUACGAUUUUGGGUGUCUUUUAAAUAUGCCGACAUUUAUAAAUAAAGAAGCCCACCGAUCCUUUCCCGUGGGAAGAAACUAAACGGAACAGAACAAAGCCUUUGCUGUUCUCUCCCUGUUCAUUUUGAGUGCGGUGUUGGCGCACCAAGGCAUAGCAACCGAUUCAGCAGCAGGCUGCAGUAUGGAGCACAAUAGGUGUCCUUUAGAUACACAACAUCGCAGAAUAGACUGGUCUGUACAAACAAUAAAAUAAUCUAUUCUGGAAUGCAACACGGUGAGUUCUAGAGCAUUCGGGAAUACUGUUCUAGAACUCCUCCGAUGAUCUUUUUGCAAUUUGAAAAAAAAAAAAAAAUUGAAAUUGCUUUUGUUCCUUGUAAAGGGCAACAUGUAAAUAGCUUUAUAAACCCAAGUCUUUAAAAAGAAGAAAAGGUACCGUUCACUUUAACAUUAUUUUCUACGUAUUUUCUAAGCGAAUCAGGCAGCCCAUUGUCACCCUUAUUCCACAAGGGUGAGGCUGGAGCUGGGUUUUAAAUAAUGGCUUGUUUUCUAUUCUUGAAAUGAUUUAUUUUCCGUGUGCUAACCUUAUUUUGUAAGAAAUGACUUCAGUACGUGAAACAAGUAUUUUUGAUGAUAGUAUAAUCAAGAUUGAGGUAAACUAGCUAAAUAUUGCAUUUAAAGAGAUUAUAAAUUUAUAUUAAAUAUAUACACUAAAACGGGCAGAGAGAGCUAACAGUCUUAGCCCAUUGGUAACGGUAGUUUUCUAUAUAUUCUUUUAUUUUGUAAAAGAUAAAAUCAAUGUAGAUUUGUACAUAACCAAACGAACACUAAUUUGACUGUGUACAGAAUAGGAACAAAACAGAGAAAAGUAUUUCAGCAUCAAUAAGCUUACAAUUGCUUAAAAACAAAUGCAUAAAAAAAAAAAAUAAGCAGGUUUUCAGAGUGAACUUGAAGGUUGGAGCAGCGAGAUCGCUUUGUUAAUAUUACCAGGAGAGCCUAUGGUUGACCCAAUCUUACGAAGCGUUUGUGUUUGAAAUGUGCACAAACUUGCAUCAUCAGGGACAUGCGCAAAAAUUUAAAAAAGCAAAUAUGUUUUGGGUGCAUCGAUUACUAAAGCAACAAGAUCAUUUGAAUAUAUGCAUAAUGCGUGUCUGUAAAACAUUUUAAAAAGGAAUGAUAGAAAAAGCCCAUGCAUUUUUUGUUCAGUCAAUGUAAUGAAACGGUGGGUUGCAGUUCUGUGCUGUGAUUCUUCAGAUGAACCUGUCAUUAAGUUUACACGUCUCUGAAUGGCUGCACUGGUGCUAUGAGUGUGAUUCAAUCCAGGUCUGAAGAUGCAAGUAUCGCCUAAGUGUUACUGUAGCCUGAAGGGCCUCCUUGAGAAAGCAUGAGCGACUGUGUAGGACUGCAGGCCACUUACUGACCCACAAUACCAGUGUCAUUCACAUCUCUGUACAGAGCAUGUGUUGGGUUUCAUAGGUCAUCAAGCGCUCCUCUCAGCUGCUUCAUUUUGAAGCGAUUUCCAUCACGCCAACCUGUUUGAAAUCUGCUUAAGCGUGAUCUAGCCAUUAACUCUCAGGGUGCUUACAAAGGAAAAACAUUGGCUGGUUAUGAGGAGGAGGAUGAUAAUAAUACAAAAAAAUAUUCAUCUUUCCUAUAUAUUGUUUUACAAAAACAAAACAGCUUG